AAACCGAAAACAUUCCUUUAGAUGGCAGGCAAAGAAAAUUCCGAAGGGGAGAGAAGAGAAUGAUGUAUGAAAAGUCAAUAUACAUAAAUAUUGGUGGGAGUGCGAGAGUGAAAUAAAGGGGAAGGGGAAAUUAUUUAAGGUGUUAAGUUAAGGGUUCGUGUGCAGGAGUGGGAGAGAAAAAGAAUAGAGAGCAAGGGAGAAAAGGAGAAAGACGAGGAAAGGUGGGAAGGACUGUGACCAUUUGUGAUAGGGAGUACAGGAAGGGCCUAUGACAGGAGAAUAGGGGAUUGCUGGAAAAUGACAAGCUUCUGUGACUAGAGAGAGAGGACUGGACAGGGAAGAAAAACACACACACACACACACACGCACGCACACACACCACGCAACACACACAACCCUGCGAGUCAGCAAGAGCUUGUGGGAGGAGAAGAUAAUCAGAGGGAGGGAUUUGGAGAUGAGUAUGGGAUCCGUAACAUUGUGAGCAGCUGGGCUGAGAGCAGCACAGAGCUCCUGGAGAGCCAUGGGAGGAGGACAGCCUCUUGCUUUCUGGCGGCUUCUCUCCACCUCUCCCCUGACACCGCCAUCCAAGUGAAGGAUUCAUCGUCCUCUGCCGGCACUCUUCCCCGCCUCCCUUUUCUCCCUACGAUGGCUGGCAAUUCCCUCCUGACAGUUCCAAGCAACUUUGAAUCCUCAUUAAUGUGUGAAGUUUCUGAGCAACAGUGCAGUGGCACAGAAAGUUCGGGAAGCAGUUUGGGGAGCUCCGUCACAGCCUGUAAGAAGGUCCUUUGCAGUAAUAGCCUCCUGGAAUCUACAGACUACUGGCUACAGAACCAAAGGGCCCCAUGCCAAAUCGGGUUUGUGGAAGACAAGUCUGAAAACUGUGCAUCCGUGUGCUUUGUAAACCUGGAUGUCACUAAAGAAGACUGUAACAAUGAGCACCUGCGACAGAAAUUGGUCAAUGUAUCACCAGAUCUCCCAAAACUUAUCAGUUCCAUGAAUGUCCAACAACCAAAGGAAAAUGAGAUUGUGCUUUUGAGUGGAUUAUCUUCUGGAAACCUCCAAGCUGAUUUUGAAGUUUCUAAGUAUCCUUGGCUGCCAGACAUAUGCCUUGUUCAAUGUGCAAGGGGGGACAGACAAAACAGUACCAACUGUAUCAUCUUUGAAAUCAAUAAAUUUCUGAUCGGCCUCGAGCUGGUACAGGAGAGACAACUACACCUGGAAGCCAAUGUCUUCAAGGUGGAGGAUGACACCAACUGCUCUGUGUCCUCCAUAGAAGAGGAUUUUCUCACUGCAUCAGAACAUUUAGAGGAUGAGAGUGAAGUGGAUGAGUAUAAAAAUGGUUAUGAAAAUGUAAAUAUUUCAUUCAAUAUUGCAGAAAGUAAGAAGUCAAAGGGAGCUACUCAGGGAGAUCUGAAUUACAAAAAGGGCAAAUUACGUUAUGCUUUUGAAGAAAAUUCGAUUUGCAAAGAAAAUGCCAUUUCACACAAAUCUUCAAGGUAUCUGGAAGGAACAUUGAAGAAAGCAGUUGAAGUCAUUUUGCCCAAUACAGAUCAAUCAAUCCAGCAACCACGAAAGAAAGGAGAUAUUUCUGAAGAAGAGGGGCCAGCCACUAGUAUUUUUGCAGAAAGCUCUAAAGGUCCAGUAGAAAGUUCUCAUGCCUUGCAAUCUUCCCAUAAGAGACAUUUGGAGAGAAUGGUUAAAGAAGAACUAUCAUCUGUAUGUGAUACCCCCUCAAAACAUAACAGAAACCAAGAUCCUGAAGAGGGUCUGAAAAACGAAGAACAAUUUCAUCCUCCUCUACAAAAUGAGGGCAGAACAACUGGUGAGUAUGCAACCAAUCUGGCAGAAUCUGUCCUACAAGAUGCAUUUAUUAGACUGUCCCAAUCUCAACCAAUAUGUCCUAUUAAUGCUGUGGCAAAUGCUCCCAGGGAAAAUGCUUUGAUUUCAGAAGGCUGCACUGCAGAAGACCUCGAGCUCCCUAGGUCAUGGCAAGAACUUCCCAAAAUAGUCAUUGUGCAGAGUCCAGACUACAGUGAAGCUAUAUCUGAAUGGCCUGGGACAAACCCCUCAAGCCUCAGCCACUGCCCACAAUCUGAUCCUUCAGUGGGAAUUUCAGGUGAACUUAAUGAAGCAAAAUCCACCAUAUCUCCCCAAAGUGCUCUAGAAGUGGCUUUAGCUUGUGCUGCUACUGUAAUUGGAACUAUUUCCAGUCCUCAGGCCACUGAAAGAUUCAGAUUGGAGCAAGAAAACUCAGCAGUUAAUGGUCAAAUGCUGGGGAAUGAGGAGCUUCAAAAACAAACCACUCAAGUACCUAAGGACCCUACAAGCAUGGAAUAUUCAUUUCCAUCAGCCCUGUGUGGCAUGACUCAGGUAGCCAGUGCUGUUGCUGUCUGUGGUCUUGGGGAAACUCAAGAAGAUAAGUAUCCUGUGGCAUCAAGCGGUCUCUUGGCUGCAGCAGAGGCCUCAGCAGCAGUCACCCUCCAUGGUAGCAUAGCCAUGGGCAGUAGCAUGGAGACCUUGAACAAAAGCAUUGCAGAGACCCUUCUCAAGGAGGCAUCUGUGGUUUUGACUAAGCCUAAUGCCUAUAGCAGUGUUGGAUACUUUAUGGAGUCAAUGAACAGAAGGAUUGUUGAAAUUAUGUCCAAGCCUCAAAUCUCUUGCUCAGACAACAUCCUUGGGGAUGAACUAGCAGAGGAUUUAUCCAGUAUAAUCCUAAAGCACUCACUUGAAGAAGCAAACCAGAAAAUGAAAAUGACUGAUUUUGAGACCCCUGGGGUUCAAGAUCAGAAUACCCAGGACAUCCUUAUGGAAACUGUAAAUGAACUGCUUUUCAAUGUGAUAUAUUUCACUUUCAAGAAGAUGAGCAAUAUCACACAGUUCAGUGAGCAUCCCCCCAUCUUUUCUAAGGAGCACAACAGAUGGAGAAGUACAGAAAUAGACCAUCAACUAACAGAGACAGCAGCUACUCAGACAGCCCAGAGAGCUCUUGAUUACUCCAAUGGUAGCACGAUUAAUAAUUUGUACAAUGCUGGUGCUGUCAAAGAUCUUGGAGGUGUCAUGCCACCAAAGAAUGUUAAUAAUGGCAGAGGAAUGUCAAACAUUUUUGAAAGCCCCAUACUUCAGUCAGAACUGCCUUUUAAUAACUAUGCCUAUAAUUCAUUGGCCACAAAAACAUCCCCUAAGAAAAGAUUCCCAAAACAAACCACUGGAGAUUACCACAGAGAUCCUAAUCAUAGAUUCAGUCACAAUAGGAAUGGACUCAGAUCCUUUUCAGAUCCGUUACCAGGCAGUGGGAUGAAAGAAAUGAUAGAUGGUGAGUUCAACAUCAACACCCAAGAAAAAUGCAAUACUGAAGUUCAAAUUAGCCUGUCUCAAUUAGGGAGCAACUUAAUGCUUCCAUCUCAACCCAUGCUACAGGUUAAAUGUUCAACAGAUAACUACUGUGUAAUAGACUUUGCUGAAGAAUUAGCAGAAACGGUUGUCUCCAUGGCAACAGAAAUAGCUGCAAUCUGCCUGGAUAAUUCAAAUGGAAAACAACCCUGGUUUUGUGCCUGGAAAGGGGGAAAUGAAUAUCUGAUGACACCAAGCUUGUCCUGCCGAAGCCUGAAAAGAAAGAAGGAAACACAGGCCAACGGAUCCAUUGUAAGGAAGCACAAACCCCCUCGACUUAGUGAGAUAAAAAGAAAAACUGAUGAGCACCCUGAACUCAAAGAGAGGCUAAUGAACAGGGUCGUCGAUGAGUCUAUAAAUCUUGAUGAUGUCCCAGACUCUGUCAAUAUCUUUGCAAAUGAGGUGGCUGCCAAGAUUAUGAACCUGACAGAGUUUUCCAUGGUGGAUGGAACUUGGCAAGCUCAGAAUCAUCCCCGAAACAGAUUACUAGGUGAAAGGCUAAAUCGUGUGAAAGCGUCUAGCUGUGAAAGCAUCCCUGAAGAGGAUUCAGACUCCCGAGGCUUUGCAAACAGCCGUGGUUUAAUGAAUACCUUGAGUCAGCCAGUCAGCAGAGCCAGCUCUGUCUCCAAACAGUCCAGCUGUGAGAGCAUUACAGAUGAGUUUUCCAGGUUCAUGGUGAAUCAAAUGGAAAAUGAAGGGAGAGGAUUUGAUUUACUCCUGGAUUACUAUGCUGGCAGGAAUGCAAGUACCAUCCUAACCUCAGCUGUUCAGCAGGUAUCUCGAAAGAAUGGACAUCUCAGUGUGAAGCCCAGCUGCCCCUCUAAGCAAUCCAGCACAGAAAGCAUAACAGAAGAGUUCUAUAGGUACAUGCUAAGGGACCUUGACAGAGACAGCAGAGAUAGCAUAUCUUCUAACAGAAGCAGCAGAGACUGGGGUUCCAGUUUGCUACCUCCUUCGCCGCGGUCCCCAUUUUGUUACAGACAGUUCUCUGUACCAGAAAACAGGUCAUCCUGUGGCAAGCUAACAGUGAAUGCUCCAGUCAAGGCAAACUCUCUGGAUGGCUUUGCUCAGAAUGGCCAGCAAGACUUUUUAAGCGUUCAGCCAGUCAGCAAUGUGUCUUCAUCAGGCCUUUGCAAGUCUGACUCUUGUUUAUAUCAGAGAGGGAAGACAGACCAAAUCACAAGCAUGUUAAUUCAUGAGACGUGGACAAACUCCAUUCAAGCCCUUAUGCAAAAAAACAAAAUCAUAGCAGAUGAGACAGAAGCAACAGAUGCCGAUCCUGUUUCAAGAGGUUCUCCCUGUCACAUAAAACAGUAUGCUAACAGAUUAGGUACAAGCAUUGAGGAGAAUGGAAACAUUAUGCUAGUGGUUCAUCAGGAUUCCCCCGCUUGCACAAAUAAAGACUCAGCAACAGAAAACAGACAUCUUCCCACUGCAGCUGCAAACCAAGCAGCUACUCCUCUGGAACAAAUACAAGGGGGAUGUAAAAAAGAACAUUUCGCCAGCCAUCACACUGGUCUAGGGUGUCACGCAGGUCCGACCUCUUGCUCAAGGGAAGUGCCUCUGAUUCAGAUUGAAACUGAUCAAAGGGAAGAUCUUACUGAAGAAUCAGAAGUCAUUAUUCCCCAGAACAUCUGCACUGUGGAAGCAAAAGGUGACGAUGUGAACAGAGAAAAGGAUCCUGAAAUGGACAGUGGGAGAAACACAGCUGCAAGCUCCAUCACAAACAACAGUGCCGACUUUAAUACUGAAAAUGUUCCUGACCCUGAAAAUCCUGUGGAAGUUCGAACCCCAGAGGAGUCCUUGAACCCUCAUAGCAGCAGUGAUGAAAGCACAGGCAGCUGGUCACAGCUGGUCAAUGAUGAAGACAACCCUGAUGAUACAAGUAGCUAUUUGCAGCUCAGUGAGAGAUCCAUGAGCAAUGGCAACAGUAGUACCACUAGCAGUCUUGGCAUUAUGGAUCUGGAAAUUUAUCAGGAAAACUUGCCAUCUUCUCCCAUGAUUAAUGAACUGGUAGAAGAAAAGGAAUGCCUUAAAGAAUCAUCAGAAAACAUAGAUGACUGUACUUCUAAAUUGUCUGUGGGAACAGCCAGCUGCCAAAGAAACCUUUUGGUGAUAAAUUUUGACCUGGAGCCAGAGUGCCCUGAUGCAGAACUUCGUGCCACGCUGCAAUGGAUUGCAGCCUCAGAACUUGGAAUUUCCACCAUCUACUUUAAGAAAUCUCAGGAAAACAGAGUUGAAAAGUUCCUGGAUGUUGUACAGCUAGUUCAUCAGAAGGCCUGGAAGGUGGGUGAUAUAUUUCAUGCUGUGGUCCAAUAUUGCAAGCUGCAUGAGGAGAGAAAGGAGGUGAAACCAAGCCUCUUUGACUGGCUGCUGGAGCUGGGAUAAGGCAACUGACUUGCAAAGUCUUUUCAUCUUUUAUUCUAACUUUGGUUAUAGUAGUUUGUGCAAUGCUAUGAAACUUCCCAAAUCAUUAGCAUAAUUAUUUUUUUAAUCUGCUCCUAAAGUCUGUUACACACAGAUAUGCUCAAAAAAAUAAUGAAAUUAAAAUAAGUUUUUAUUCAUUAUUAGAACCUGUGGGUGAGUUUUGAAAUAUAGUGCUUUAGAACAUACUGUAUUAAAAGGGAAAUUCUUUUUUUGUGCUGACAUAAGUAAGCUUGUGCAUAAGCUUUAACCAAAUGAAGAUUGUUGUGGCUUCAGAUUUUUAUAAUAAAAUGUCAUGUGGAAUAUCUUUCUUUACAUGAAUCAACUGAAAAUUAAAAUUGGUCAAGAGUUUUAUAAAUAAUGAUCUCGAUUUCAUGUAUCAUAGUCAAUCAGGACCAACUAAUUAAGAAAUGAUGGCAGAGGUUUUAGGUCUCUAUUAAUGGAUUGAGCUCCAGACUUGGAAUCAGAUAGAUUCUUCUUCCUUAGUUCAAAUCCAGUCUCAGACACUUAUCUGUGUGACCCUGGGCAAGUCAUUUAACCUUGUUUACUCCCAUUCCCUUAUUUGAAAAUGAGCUGGAAAAGGAAAUGGCAAACUGAUUCUUUUUGCCAAGAAAACCUCAUAAGGGGUCAGGAAGAGUAGGACAUGACUAAAACAUGAACCAAGCAACAAAACAAGUCUCAAUGUGUUACCUUUUUCAGAUCUAUUUCUGUAGACUUUACCCAUAAUAUUUCCAAGGCUUUCCACUAAGAUUUCUAUGUCUUCAGUGUAAUCUGCCAACAAAUGUUGCCCCUCCCCUAAAGCAACUGAAAACUUCUCUAAUUAUAAAAACACAAGUAUUUCAGAGUAAAAUAUUGCUUUCUCUAAAUAACUUUACACUAUACAAUCUGUAUUUUAGAUUUAAGAUUUAAGAAGAACCUUAUUAGAAAAACCUCUUUGAGGAAAUUGCCUCCAAGUUUCACUUUUAUUUUUUUAUUGAAGAAAAGGAAAGGGUUUUGACCUCCAUACUGAGUGGCUCAUUUUGAAUAUGAAUUUUUUGAUAGAGUAUAUGCCAUAUUGUGCUGCUUCCAAGGCAUUCAUGUAACUGGUAUAAUGUCAUAUGCUAGUGCUGACAUGACCAGUUUGUAGCACAUGCUUAAUUAUUGAUUCUCCUGACUCUGCCAACCUUGGAAUUAAAAAAAAAAAAAUCUUGUCAUCUUUAGAAACUUUAGAAAACAAAUUUGUUGCCAUGGGAAACAAGAGUAUCCAUCUUUCCACAACAAUCUUCUUAUAAUAAGAUUAUUGUCUCUGUUCCACCAUGAAAAGUAAAAUAUUCCCUAACUUUUAUUUUCAUGCUCAAAGUUUCUCAAAAUAAUUCUUAAAAUAUUCUUCUUUUGCACUAGUUUUUGAAGAUUCUGAAGUUUUUUUAAAAAGGAUGAAAAAGAACCUAUAAUCAAAAUUAUUGCCCCAAAGCCCAUUUCUAUCCAAGUUCAUGUUGAAAUGGGAAAAAAAGGUUCCCUGCCUGCCAUUCUUUCUCCAGAGCUUCUUUAACUUAACUAAUCAGGCCCAUUUAAUGGUCCCAGCUGAUUCAGAUCACAGAAUUCACAUUAUUCCAUGUUCAAAUCAAAAUUGUUCCCAGGAUCACAAACCAAAAGUACUUUGUCCCAAGAAACAGAAAGGAGUGUUUUUCUUUUUCAGACUCUUAAUAACUGUAUGUAACCUUUAUUGUGAUUGAAUAAAUGUUUACUUAUCUUACAAAGCACAAAUUAUAUGACUGGACUGUAAAAGUGUGAUGCUAUUAAAUAUGUUAUAUUUAAUGUUGCAAAUCAAUCAGAAAUAAAUUUAUGUUACAGAA